AAUAAAAAAUAUUAAAAAUUAAUUAUAAAUAAAAAAUGCGUCGAAAUCGCGGUUUUUUGUUAUUGCUUUCAAUGUGUCUGACAAUGGUUUUUAUCGUUUUGAACGCAAGAUCGUCUACGGAUCUGUUUGAUCUCGCAAAUAUUAGCGAAAAACGUGGCUCAUUCAAAAAACAGGAAAGAUCGCGUGACGAUGAUCGAUGGAUCGCUCGCAGCCAGACUCAUCGAUAUGUCACACCUUCUCUCGCCGAAUUGAGUGAUAUACCGUACAAGUACAAGCAUAUUCUUAUGCUGACACGAAUACCUGGUACAGGCGCCGAAUUGAUGGUAUGGAUUCUACAACAUUUACAAGGAUACAACGCCUUUAAACAUAUACGUCUACCACCGAGCGAUUAUGGAUUUUUAUCGGUUGUACAACAGGAGUUAUUAGUGCAAGAAAUUAUGAGUAUCAUCCGACAAGAAGCUAUCCCUUUAACUUUUGAUGGAGACAUAAAGUUUUUAAAUUUCUCGGCAUUUGGGCGACAAGGACCUACUUUUAUAUCUAUAGUGAGAGACCCUUUGGAUCCGCGAAUUUGGCAAUGGAAAGGAAAAGAAGGCAUGGUUUAUCACGGAGCAAUACCUCAUUUUUGUGGACAGGAACCGCGCUGUAUGGAACGGAAUAACACGUGGGCGUUAGAGAGAGCUAAAGCAAAUAUUAUUCGAUGGUAUCCUGUUGUUGGUAUAUUGGAUUACAUGGAGGAAUCGCUAAACGCUUUUGCAAUUGAGUUUCCCUAUUUUUUUAAUGGUGCUAUUAAUAUUUAUAAUCAAUUUCGAUCAAAAGAAAAUCUGUCUACUUCAGUAACUUUAAAAUUACGACUUAAAGAUGCAUCGUUAAGAAAAGUUCUUGCACAGGAAGUUGAAUUUUAUCAAUGGUUGAAAUCUCGACUUCUCAACAAAACUUUCAACAAUGACUGAUUGUGAGAAUGUAGUCUAGUCGAUUGUUAUCGUAACAUGAAAUUGUCAGGACCAAACAUAGUCUUUAUUAUAAAGUUUCCUAUUCGUAUUCUAUAUAAUAAUGCGCAAAAUAAAAAUAAUGCG